AUGUUCUCGUUCCUACUCUGCAUUUCUAUCAAGCAAGGAAAACACGAAAUCGAGAGUAGCGAGUGGUAUUUCUUGCUCACUGGAGGUGUAGCGCUCUCUGAACCGCCUCCGAAUCCGGCCAAGCUGUGGCUAAGUGACAAACAGUGGGCCGAAUUCUCGAGACUAAGCGCACUACCAGCGUUCCAAGGCAUCAUCGAGGAUUUCGUCGAUAACGAGGACCAAUGGAAGGCUGUGUAUGAUAGUCCAAUCGGUCAUACUCUCCCGUUCCCCGGUGUGUUAGGGAAAGUUAGUGAGUUCCGUCGACUACUCGGUCUACGAUGUAUCCGUCCUGAUCUUCUCGUCGUUGGAAUUCAGCAGUUCCUGGUCAAGGAAAUGGGUGAAAAGUUCGUCAAACCUCCGCAGUUCGAUUUGGUGCUCUCUUACUCGGACAGCAGCGUGUCGUCGCCUUUGGUGUUCAUCUUGUCGCCUGGAUCCGAUCCGAUCAGCUCUGUGCUGAAAUUUGCCGACUCGCUUCGUCAAAGAGCAGAAACGAUUUCUCUUGGUCAAGGUCAAGGCCCCAUUGCCGAGCGUAUGAUUGUCCGUGCGCGUGAAGCAGGCUCUUGGGUUGUGUUGCAGAAUUGCCACUUAGCACCAAGUUGGAUGCCAGUGAUGGAGAAGAUUGCGGAGGAUAUUAAGCUUGACAACACACAUCCAGAUUUCCGGUUAUGGUGCACAACGUACCCGUCCGAUGUUUUCCCCGCAGCUGUACUGCAAAAUGGAGUUAAAAUGACGAACGAACCGCCACAAGGUCUUCGUGCAAACCUCAUGAGCUCGUAUAUGUCCGACCCCAUAGGUGAGCAAGGGUUCCUGGAAUCUGUGGUCAAAGGCACAGAGUUCCGUGUACUUCUUUACUCGCUGUGUUUCUUCCACGCUUUGGUGCGUGAACGUCGCCAGUUUGGUCCUUUGGGCUGGAAUAUUCAGUACGAAUUCAACGAGUCCGACCUGAGCAUCAGUAUUCGUCAACUAGCCAUGUUUAUCGAUGAAAACGCGCAGUUGCCGCUACGUGCGUUGAAUUACUGCACCGGUGAGUGUAAUUACGGUGGGCGUGUGACGGACGACAAGGACCGACGGACACUUAUGGCUAUGCGCUCGGAUGAACGAGGGGUCUACACAAUGCCGCCUGAUGGUGACUAUGAAUCGUAUCUUAAGUUCAUUGAAAGUUUGCCGCUAGUGGCUCCUCCGGGAGUGUUUGGACUGCACGAUAAUGCAACGAUCACGAAAGAUCAGAAUGCAACAGCCAAGCUCUGUCGCGACGUGCUACUUACUCAAAGUUCGGGUGGUGGCAGUGAAGGCAGUAGUGGAUCAUCCCAAGAAGAACUCGUCGAAGUCGUAGCCAACGAUAUUUUGUCACGUUUACCGCCGAACUUUGACAUGGAAGUCGCGCAGAUCCGAUACCCAGUGCGUUGGGACGAGUCGAUGAACACGGUGCUCUGUCAAGAACUCGUACGCUUCAACAACCUCAUGUCAACUAUCCGCUCGAGUCUUGAAAGCUUGCAGAAAGCCUUAAAAGGCCUCGUGGUCAUGUCGGCAGAGCUCGAAAAUGUAUCCAAGAGCUUGUUCUAUGGAAAAAUCCCAGCACUGUGGGCGUCCAAGUCGUACCCUUCGCUGAAGCCACUCGGUAGCUACGUGACGGACUUACUGGAGCGCAUUGCGUUCUUCAACACGUGGCUACUGGAAAAACCUCCGGUUGUGUUUUGGAUCUCGGGUUUCUUCUUCACGCAAGCGUUCUUGACUGGUGCCAGUCAGAACUACGCGCGAAAGUACACUUUGCCAAUUGAUCAGCUGGGGUUCGACCACGAACCGAUGCCACGGAAUGACUACGCACAGCCACCAAAGGUACGCUUGCAAAUGACAAAAUAA